CUACGAUCCACUCACGGUCCACUCAUGGUCCAAGGUGUGUACACUACGAUCCACUCAUGGUCCAAGGUGUGUACACUACGAUCCACUCAUGGUCCAAGGUGUGUACACUAUGAUCCACUCAUGGUCCAAGGUGUGUACACCACGAUCCACUCAUGGUCCAAGGUGUGUACACUACGAUCCACUCAUGGUCCAAGGUGUGUACACUACGAUCCACUCAUGGUCCAAGGUGUGUACACUAUGAUCCACUCAUGGUCGAAGGUGUGUACGCUACGAUCCACUCAUGGUCCAAGGUGUGUACACUACGAUCCACUCAUGGUCCACUCAUGGUCCAAGGUGUGUACACUACGAUCCACUGAUGGUCCAAGGUGUGUACACUACGAUCCAUCAUGGUCCACUUAUGGUCCAACGUGUGGACACUACGAUCCACUGAUGGUCCAAGGUGUGUACACUAUGAUCCACUCAUGGUCCACUCAUGGUCCAAGGUGUGUACACCAAGAUCCACUCAUGGUCCAAGGUGUGUACACUACGAUCCACUCAUGGUCCAAGGUAUGUACACUACGAUCCACUCAUGGUCCAAGGUAUGUACACUACGACCCACUCAUGGUCCACUCAUGGUCCAAGGUGUGUACACUACGAUCACUCAUGGUCCAAGGUGUGUACACUACGAUCCACUCAUGGUCCAAGGUGUGUACACUACGAUCCACUCAUGGUCCACUCAUGGUCCAAGGUGUGUACACUACGAUCCACUCAUGGUCCAAGGUAUGUACACUACGACCCACUCAUGGUCCAAGGUGUGUUCACUACGAUCCACUCAUGGUCCCAGCUGUGUACACUACCAUCCACUCAUGGUCCAAGGUGUGUACACUACGAUCCACUCAUGGUCCAAGGUAUGUACACUACAACCCACUCAUGGUCAACUCAUGGUCCAAGGUGUGUACACUACGAUCCACUCAUGGUCCAAGGUGUGUACACUACGAUCCACUGAUGGUCCAAGGUGUGUACACUAUGAUCAACUCAUGGUCCAAGGUGUGUACACUACGACCCACUCAUGGUCCAAGGUGUGUACACUACGACCCCCUCAUGGUCCAAGGUGUGUUCACUACGACCCCCUCAUGGUCCAAGGUGUGUACACUACGACCCACUCGUGGUCCAAGGUGUGUACACUACGACCCGCUCAUGGUCCAAGGAGGGGCGGUCGGGUAGCCUAGUGGUUAAAGCGUUCGCUCGACACGCCGAAAACCCGGGUUCGAAUCCCCGACAUGGGUACAAUGUGUGAAGCCCAUUUCUGGUGUCCCCCGCCGUGAUAUUGCUGGAAUAUUGCUAAAAGCGGCGUAAAACCAUACUCACUCACUCACUCACUCAUGGUCCAAGGUGUGUACACUACAACCCACUCAUGGUCCAAGGUAUGUACACUACGACCCGCUCGUGGUCCAAGGUAUGUACACUACGACCCGCUCAUGGUCCAAGAUGUGUACACUACGACCCACUCAUGGUCCAAGGUAUGUACACUACGACCCGCUCGUGGUCCAAGGUAUGUACACUACGAACCACUCAUGGUCCAAGGUAUGUACACUACGACCCACUCAUGGUCCACUCAUGGUCCAAGGUGUGUACACUAUGAUCCUCUCAUGGUCCAAGGUAUGUACACUACGACCCACUCAUGGUCCACUCAUGGUCCAAGGUAUGUACACUACGAUCCACUCAUGGUCCAAGGUAUGUACACUACGACCCACUCAUGCUCCACUCAUGGUCCAAGGUAUGUACACUACGACCCGCUCAUGGUCCAAGGUGUGUACACUACAGUUCACUCAUGGUCCACUAGGUCCCUAGUACCACAUGCCUGUCACAGGGUAGAGUAGGUCCCCAGUACCACAUGCCUGUCACAGGGUAGAG